GAGCCGCCCCAUUUGUCGUCUCUCCUGUCUGCACUCUCUGUUUCGCUUUCUUCUCUAUACUAGUCUCCUUUUGACUCCUCCCUAUGCUCCUGCCUCGCGUGCUUCGCUCUUCUUAUCUUUCUUCGCCUCCCCCCCUCCGCUUGUCUCUGCUCGUGCACUUACCCCUCGCUCUUUCUCUCGGUUGACGUGACAGCUCUUACAGCGUUCUUCAAAGAGGAAGAAGAAGAAGAAGCGCUGUAGCAGCUUGAGGAAGAGCUGGGAUUUCGUGGUUGGGUUCUUGGAAUCUGGUCUCCGAGACAGAUUAUGAGAAAAGGCGGGAGCUUUAUAGGGUUAAUAGGCUUAUCUUUGCAACUCGCUCCUAUCUCUGUCUUUAUCUCUGCGUGAGACAGAUAAGUAGAUUCAUAGAUUGAGAAAGAGAGAAGUAUCUUUCCAUGGCCGGAAGCAACGAGGUUUACGCGAAUGAGUCAAGGGCUUUUGAGAUUUAAGUGCCGGGCUCAGUAGGGUUUGCGAUCUAGUUUGAUUGUUGGCUUCUUCCGGUUUUGUAUCCGUUCUCGAAACCCUUUGUGUUCCUGUUGCAAUCGAGAUCCUGCAUCAGUUUAAAUUAGAAACUACUUUUCUGUCCCAGGGUUACCAGAUGAAAAUUUUCGAUAGCACAGCGAGCUGAUUUUGCGGAAGAAUUUAAUUAACUCGGUUUCCAAUGAGAUCGAGAGAAUUUGAAUACGCGCUGACGGUGGUUCCCCUGAACACUCGGGUCCUGAUUCACAAUUUUAAGGUCUCCUACAGCAUGCUCCGCCGCCAAGAUGGUAGCUUUGACCGUCAUCUCUCGGAGUACCUGGAACGCAAAGUACCAGCAAAUGCAAAACCUGUCCAUGGCGUUGUUUCCCUAGAUCUCCUUCUUGACCGCUCCACAAAUCUUCUGGUCAGGAUCUACCUCCCUGCUCCUACUGUUACAGGCAACGAGCUCCCACAGCAAGCCCUCCUUUCUGCGCUCCAGCGCCCGCCAUCACCAAACCCUUUUCCAGUGAUCAUCUUCUUUCAUGGCGGCAGCUUUGCUCAUUCCUCAAUAAACACCACCAUCUAUGACAUUCUCUGUCGCCGCUUUGUCACUCUCUGUGGUGGUGCUGUAGUUAUCUCUGUCAAUUACCGUCGAUCUCCUGAGUUUCGCUGCCCUUGCGCCUAUGAUGAUGGUUGGACUGCUCUGAAGUGGGCUUCCUCUCAGCCCUGGCUCCGCAGUGGCGAGGAUGCCAAGCUCCGAGUUUUCCUUGCUGGUGAUAGCUCAGGGGGAAACAUUGCCCACCAUGUUGCAGUGAGGGCUGCUGAAUCUGGCAUUCACAUCUCAGGGAACAUCCUACUCAAUCCAUUGUUUGGCGGCAAUGAAAGAACAGAGUCCGAGCUUGAAUUGGAUGGGAAGUACUUUGUUGCGUUAGGUGAUCGAGACUGGUACUGGAAAGCUUUUCUUCCCGAGGGAGCCGACCGUGAUCACCCAGCCUGCAAUCCAUUUGGUCCCAAUGGUGUGAAGCUUGAUGAGCUUCCAUUCCCAAAGAGCCUUCUUGUUGUUGCCAGUUUGGACCUAACAAAGGAUUGGCAACUUGCUUAUGCAGAGGGCUUAAGGAACUCUGGUCAUGAAGUGAACGUUAUCUUCCGGGAAGAGGCUACAGUAGGGUUCUAUUUCUUACCUAACACCAACCACUACUAUGAAGUUAUGGAGGAGAUCAGAAGCUUUGUGAAUUCCAACUGUUAGCAGUAGCAACAUUACAGCAUGCCAUACCUCUUAAGCACAUAAAACUAUAUAUGUAACACUGUUUCUAUAUAUUUGUUUCAGAGCAAAGAAGCGGUUUUGCGAUUACAAACUACUAGAUUUGAUUUCUAGAUGAAGAACGGUGGGGAAGAAGAUGCAGUUUGACACCAGAAUCCUUCAAUCACACAACUAAUGACUUGUUUCAGCCAUUAAUGUCUCUUUUUGCUCCUGAAGUUUUACUUGUGAACAGAUGGUGCAUGCUGUUAUUGCUACUACUAUCACUUUUUUUCACUAACAAUGUUGUUUUAAAUGAGUUGUGUAUCUAUCUGUUCUUGCUCCAUGUAAUACCUCUUGGGGGAGUGUUUAGAUGCCCAGCAUCUGUUGCAUUAAAUGCUAAUUACAGCCAUAAUAUGUUUCAUAUUCAAUGUUCCUAUUGUUAUCUAUAAAGGUUUCCCUGUUCUUAA